AUGCACAAUCAGGUAGACCUGCUGGCCACUGUCACGGUUGUGGGAGUCCUGGAGCAAGCCUAUUUUGCGCUGCAGGUGAUCUACGCCCGGCGGAAGUACAAGAUCUCCCCUCCUCAGACAACAGGUCACCCGGAAUUCGAGCGCAUCUUCAGAGCUCAGGCAAAUUGCUCAGAGUACUUCCCCAUCUUCAUCUCGCUCCUCUGGGUUGCUGGAAUCUUCUUCCAUCAAGGUGUGGCCGCAGUGUGUGGGCUGCUGUACCUCUACACCCGCCUCAGGUACUUCCAGGGAUACGCCACGGCUGCGCAGGAACGGUUGGGGCCGCUGUACGCCAGCGCCCGGCUGCUCUGGCUGCUGCUGGGGCUGGCAGUGGCCGGGCUGCUGGCACAUUUCCUGCUGCCCCACGCGUGGAUGGCAGUGCUGGGGCAGCCCCUCCAGAUGCUCAGUGCCUGGCGAGCGGGGCUGUGA